GCGUCUACGCCGCUACAGCGAGUCUACAGCCAAGUCAGUUGAGAGCACACGGGCAGCGCGAGCGCGCGUGUCUCGAGCCAAACAUCGAUGAUAACGACUUUACGAUCGAUAAGAGAUAGUGCUUGUGGAUACAUUGUGCGGAAUUAGUGCAAGAUGUUGCGUGUUCUCCUAAUAGCGGUUGUGGCCGUUACAGCCCUUGCUGCGGACCUGCCGCUAAGCUGUGACAGCAAAGUAUACUGCCACAGCGACCUCCUCCACCAUGUGAUGAUGAAGCGCGUCUACGAAGACUCAAAGACUUUCGUCGACCUCCCGAUGAAACAUGACCCGGAUACCAUCCUCGCAGCAUUCGAUAAGCUUUUAAACGAAACGAACGACCCCUCCAAAGAACAGCUUAAGGCGUUCGUUGACGAACACUUCAGUAGCGAAGAUGAGCUCGAGGAAUGGACUCCUCCUGAUUAUUCUAAGAAUCCCGCUUUCCUCGCUAGAAUCCGCGACGAAAAACUCAGGACGUUUGCCAGAAAUAUCAACGAUAUCUGGCCGACUCUGGGUCGAAAAGUAAAGCCCGUUGUAUUUGAGAAACCAGACCACCACAGUCUCAUUCCGAUUUCGCAUGGAUUUAUCAUCCCUGGCGGGAGAUUCAAGGAGAUUUACUACUGGGAUACAUAUUGGAUCAUUGAAGGUCUCCUCAUUUGUGGAAUGCAUGAUACUGCUCGGGGAAUGAUUGAGAAUCUUAUUGAGCUGCUGACCAAGUUGGGUCACAUUCCGAACGGAAGCCGAGUAUACUACAAUGAGCGCAGUCAGCCACCUCUUCUCACAGCCAUGGUCUCUCUGUACUAUAGAGAAACGAAAGACAUAAAAUUCUUAAUGGAGAAUAUUGAACAUCUGGAGAAAGAAUUGGAAUAUUGGAGGCAGACGCAGUUCGUGACAUUUCAGAAGAACGGCCGGUCUCAUAAUUUGCUUAGGUAUUUUGCCCCGAGUGAAGGCCCUCGGCCAGAAUCCUACUACGAAGAUUAUGAGGCUGCCCAUAACUUAAGUAGUGAUCCGGCCCGCCAGCAAGAAUUUUACACCGAUAUCAAAAGCGCUGCCGAGAGUGGGUGGGACUUCUCUUCCCGUUGGUUUAUCGAUGACACAGGGGAUAAUACGGGGCGCCUCCAAAACAUCCACACCAGAGACAUUAUCCCAGUGGACUUGAAUUCUAUAUAUGCAAAUGCUCUUCAAAAUGUAGCAACGUUCCAUCUGUAUCUAAGAAACUAUGUCAAAGCCGCUGAAUAUGCUUACCGCGCCAGGCAAUUAAGGAAUUCAAUCGAGCAAACUUUAUGGGACGAGCAAGAUGGGAUCUGGUACGACUACGAUAUACUUGACAAUAAGUUUAGAAAAUACUUCUAUCCUAGUAACCUGUCUCCGCUCUGGAUGGGAGUUGUCGAGAAAGGGCGAGUUAGACAGAAAUCAGCCCGUGUUUUAAAGUAUCUGAAGUUAUCACAUGGACUGGACUUCCCUGGUGGCAUUCCCACUUCGUUGAUCCAAAGUGGCCAACAGUGGGACUUUCCCAACGCGUGGCCACCUCUAGUCAGUAUCGUUGUUAACGCACUUGAGGCGUCAGGAAAUCAGCAAUCGAGGAGAAUGGCCUUCCAAAUAGCUCAGACCUGGGUACGCGCGUGUUUACAGGGAUUCAAUAAAAAUAAGCAGAUGUUUGAGAAAUAUGACGCGGAAACUCCAGGGAAAUUUGGGGGUGGCGGGGAAUAUAAAGUACAGGAAGGAUUCGGAUGGUCCAACGGUGUUGUGCUAGAAUUCUUGAACAAAUAUGGCAGUAUUUUAACCGCUGACGAUUCCGCUUUCUUGGGUGUAGACCCUGCUGACGACCGUUUCUCGGAGAUUGUCAGCGACAGUUGAUGAAAAUGAACUGUAAGGUGUCUAACAGUAGAUUAAUAGGAUUUAGCCGCUCUACUUUAGAACAAGAUUAACCUACCAUGUGCAAUUUAUUUCAAUAGUUAAUUAGAUUAGACAUCUGAGUGCGUUUUGUUAUGAAUAUAAAACAAGUAUAUCGCUAAAUAGAACGAAGCAUUAUUAGGCAUUGCGUUAUCGCUGGGUAUACUAUGAUUUUUUGUAUCAGGCAUUUAUUUAUUUAUACUGUUUUUUUUUAUGUUAAGUAUUUCAAAAUUAGACUAAAAGGCUAUGGACAAGACUCCAAAUUUUUGAUCAGAAUAAUCAAUGAUAAAAUAGUAAUGUUACAAUAUUGAAAAAAAUAUAUAUAUAAAUAGGACCUUAAAAGCCUAAUUUACGUGAAGUUACCUCAACAUACGCUUAAGUAUUUAAUAUAAUAAAAUAAAAAGAUUUUUAUUUUUAUUGUAGUUUUACAUACAUUCUAUACGUUACACGAUUUUGAGUAAGUACCAUGUAGAUUCGUAUUUAACAGCUGUGGACCUGUUAUUCAAUAGUUAAGGUAUAAACAAAAAAAUGUGAUAAUAACAUUUAUUAAGCAUUUCCUGUUAUUUUUGUUAUAAGGCAUUUAAUACUUGUAUUUCAUAAAAGUAGACAUAUGAUUGUUGAAAAACGGUUUCAAAAUAUGUACUUAAGAACAAUUAAAAUAUUCUUUAAAUUAUUAUGUCCUACUCGUGCUACUUACAAAUAGGUAGGUAGGUUUUAUAGCACGAUAAAAUCUAUAUUGUAAAUGGAUUUUUAACAGCUAGCUAGCCAUGCUUUUUGCGAGACGAUCAUUUUUAUUUCGCUAAGCGCUUAGGGUUAUAUAUAGUCAGUCAGUCAGGGGCAUCAGUUAAAGCUGACCGCACUCAGUAUAACUGCGUGAAUAACUUUCUAACUAAGCUCAAAAAUAUUAAUCAAAGCGCGCGUCAAUCUUUCAAUCUCGUUAGAGAUGUCGAAAAUAUUGAACGAUAUCUCGAAUUCCCGACCGAGAUUGCAAAAAUCUAGAUUUCCCUGGCAGGAGCCAGAGGAAAUUGAAUCUCGAAAAUUCGCUCGAGAUAUCGUUAUUUCGAGAUCUCGCGAAAUCGAGAUUAAAUUACAUAACUCCCUAACUGACAGCCGCACUCUUAGUCCAUUGGCGGAGCUUAUGUCUUUGCAAUACGAUUUACGAAUAAUCAAUAAUUAUUUGUACGAUUGUAUGUAUUACAAUGUUAUCAAAUAUUUAGACUCAAAUCUUAUGUUACCUACGGUAUGUAAAAUAAUUAUUUUGAUAUUGUUGUAAUAGAUAAAGGAGUGUACAGGUUUUUAAAGGGUCGGCAAAGCGCAAGUAAUAUCUCUGGUGUUGCAGGCGUCCAUAGGCUCCGGUGACUGCUUACCAUCAGGCGGGCCGUAUGCUUGUUUGCCACCGACGUGUUAUAAAAAAAAAAUUAAUCUUACCUACCAUUGUUCCUACCAUAUCCUACGUAAAAUAAAUAGUUAUAUUGUAUAUUUUAUUCAUGGUAUAAAUUUUAAAAGCACUAUAUUUAAUUGUUGUAUUAGUUUUAAGAACAUUAUUAACAUAAGUACCCCGGGGUUUUGGGUGCAGGAAUGUUUUAUACUAGACAAAAUAUAAGUAAAUAUACUUAAAAACUUUAAAACAGAAACUAUUCCAACAUUUCUAAGCACCUUUGGAGCUUACUACUGGUGUUUGGUGACUAUUUUAGAUACAAUGAACGAAGUUGUAAAUUCACGAAAACGUUACCGCGCCCUAAACCCCGGGGUGUGAUUAUUAAAUAAUAUUUAGAUAGUGUUUGAAAAUAAAAGGCUGUGUCUUUA